AUGCCCUCGCUGGCCACUAUCACAGGCUUUGGCGGAAAGAGAGCACCCGCCGAUCGAGACGAUGACGAUAAAUCCGACCACCGCCCGUCCUCGCCAGGGCCUGGACGGCCUCGCAGGCGCCAUGUAGACCCUGCAUCCCGAGUUGUUCAUAUUAAUGAUGAGACCAAGAAUUCGCAUUUUAUCAGCAACUAUGUUUCAACGACUAAGUACUCGCUCUGGAGCGCUAUUCCUAUGUUUCUGUUCGAACAGUUUUCUCGCUUUAGUAACGCCUACUUUCUUGUCGUUGGAAUUGGCUACACCAUCAACGCUGUCACGCCCAUCUUUACUGUCGGCCGUUAUUCCACGCUUUGGGUCCUGGCUGUCGUUGUGCUUAUAUCGGGUGUGAAGGAAACUCUGGAGGAUUAUCAUCGAUAUCGCGAGGAUAGACGCGUAAAUCAAGCGGUCACCCACGUGGUUGGCAGCCGCGCACCGGAGGAUCGAUGGGCUAGCGUGCGCGUUGGCGAUGUCAUCAAAGUAUAUGAAAAGGAGCACUUGCCCAACCUCAAAGUUAAGGUUGUGCCACAGGCCAUAAGCGCCGCGUUCAGCACAGAAUCGGUUGCUCUUUUGACAAAGGGUAUAAUUGAAUGCGAAGCUCCGAACGAUCGCUUGUACAAGUUUACUGGACGAAUGGUCCUCCAUAGCCCUGUCUCCCUCGGGCCCGAAAAUCUCCUCAUUCGUGGCUCCUCCGUUAGGAAUACAGAUUGGGUCAUGGGCGUUGUUGUGAACACUGGCAGGGACACAAAAUUGAUGCAAAACGUGAAACCAAGACCACGAAAGAAUUCGCGUCUCGAGAGGGAAACAAACAGGCACUAUCUUCUCACGGUUCUGCUGCAAGUUUGCAUUGUGGUAGCAUUAACAAUCCGUUCAGCACAGGCAUGCAAUGUUUUGUUUGACAAAGAUAAGGGUCGAUUUGCGUGGUACCUUUUCGAAGAUGAUGGUUGCACUCCAAAAGACGCCUUUCUCCGCCUAUUCACGUUUUUCAUCACAUUUUCAGCUCUCAUCCCUAUAUCGUUGUAUAUUUCCAUGGAGAUCGUUAGAGCGUUCCAAGUGUAUUUCAUAGAACACGAUCAGAACAUCGUGGACCCAGAGACCGGCGUUGGCACGGAGGUGCGAACUUCGAACUUGAAUGAAGAACUUGGCGUGGUGCAUCACGUUUUCACAGACAAGACCGGUACCUUGACGGCGAAUCGCAUGGAGUUCAAGAAAUGUUCUAUCGCAGGAAGGGUCUACGAAAUGGGUACAUCGCCAAGCGCCGGAGCGACGAGUCUUCAAGACUUGAGGGAAGCCCUGCAGGCUGGUGCAGAAUCCUCUGCGGUUCGUAAUUUCUCCGUUGAAGAACUCGAAGCGGCAGAAACGGCCUUCCGAUUGCUUUCGAUUUGCCACUCUGUUGUUGCAGAUUCAGCAAUGGACAAUGACGGAAGUCGAAGCGCAUCAAAUACUGAUGAGGUGGGGGAUGCCAGCACGAAAUUUAAGUUCUCUGAAUGGGUCGAACAACAAUUCGGGAGUGAUCAGUUAUCAAGCGUCAUCUCCUGA